AUGAGAAGAUUGGGAAGCGACAUGAUAAAAAAUUGGAAAGGGUGCAAUGAGAAUUGGAAGAAAAAUCAAAAAGAGGCAAAGUUAAACAUUUGGGAUGGGGCGCAAGAAAAAAUUGGGAAAGGCGCAAUGAAAAGAUUGGAAAAA